UCUUUUGGCUUCUUUCCCCGAGGGACCCAUGCCUCCUUCCUUCGGAGAGGCUGGGGCAGGAGGCGGCGGGGCUCCUGCCAGCCGGGGCCCCUUUCCCGUCCCUCCUCGGGGCUCCAGGGCAGUAAAGCAGCCCCAGCAGAGAGAGAGAGAGAGGGGAAGAGGUGGAGGAGGAGCAGCUGCUUUUCCUCUGAAUGGGCGCCUUCGGGGGGAGCUGUCCAGGGAAGGCGGCACCCGAACGGAGCUCUCCUUGGUGCUGAACCUGGCCGCGCCCAGAGGGCUCCCAAGGCAGCCUCCGCCUCCUCUUCCUCCUGGCUAGACUCCCUCCAUCCGAGCCUCGGGCUCCCAUUGAGCGCAAGCCAACUUCAGAGAAGCAGGACUCAGAGGCGCCUUCCUCCUUCUCUUCCUCCUCCUGACCAGGAUUUCUCCAUCAGCGCUUAGAGCAUCCCUCCUGGACCCACUGGGUGCAAGCCAGCUCCACAAAAGCGGGACUCAGGGGCACCUUCCUCCUCUUCCUUUUCCUCCUCUUCCUCUUCCUUGUCCUUUUCCUCCCCUUUUCCUUUUCCUUUUCCUUCUCUUCUCUUCCUCCUCUUCCUUUGCCUCUUCCUCCUCCUUUUCCUCCUCUUCCUUCUCCUCCUCCCAGCUAGACUCUCUCCAUCCCAACCUCGGGGUCCCAUUGAGUGCAAUCCAGCCCCACAGAAGCGGGACUCAGAGGUGCCUUCCUCCUUCUUCUUCCUCCUCCUCCUCCUCCUUUUGGCCAGGCUCCCUCCAUCCGACCCCAACCCAUCCUUCCCAGCGGAUCCCAUUAAGCUCUAGCCAGCUCCAGGAAAGCAGGACUCAGAGGCACCUUCCUCCUCCUCUCCCUCUUCUUCCUCCUCCUCCUCUUCCUCCUCUUUCCCAGCCUGCCUCUAUCUGUUCUCAGCCCAUCCCUCCUGGUCCCAUUGUGAGCAAGCCGUCUCAGCAGAAGCAGGACUGGGAAGCCUUCCUCAUUUGCCUCUUCCUCCUCGCCAUGGCUGCGCUGACCAAGGUGGCUUCUGCCUCUUCCCUGCUGGUGGUGCUUUGGGUGGGUGUCUGUUCGGCAGUAUGUGUUGAAGUGCCAUCGGAGAAAGAGGCCGUGCAGGGUUCACGCAUGAAGCUCAUGUGCAUCUCCUGCAUGAAGCGAGAAGAGGUUUCUGCCAACACUGUGGUGAAAUGGUACUACAAGACUGAAGGGGGGCAAGAUAUUCCUAUCUAUGAGUACAGAAAUGAGAAACGGGAACUUGAAAGCCGCUUCCGUGGCCGGCUGCAGUGGAAUGGAAGUGCAGACAUGCAGGACGUGUCCAUCUCGGUACUCAACAUCUCCCUGAACGAUUCAGGGACCUACACCUGCAAUGUCACCCGGGAAUUCAACUUUGAGAGCCAUCGUCCGGUCUUCACCCGAACAACGUUGAUCCACCUCACAGUAGUGGAAGAUGCUGGAGAGGAUGUUACAUCUAUCGUUUCUGAAAUAAUGAUGUAUAUCCUCUUGGUCUUCCUCACUUUGUGGCUGCUCAUAGAAAUGGUUUACUGCUACAGAAAAGUUGCUAAAGCAGAGGAGGCUGCCCAGGAAAGUGCGACUGAUUACCUCGCCAUUCCAUCCGAAAACAAAGAAAAUUGUGCUGUGCCUGUGGAGGAAUAGAAGAUGAAACUACAGUGUGGUGGAACUUGUUAUCAAGGGAUGUGGAGGCGCAGACAGAUAUGGAGGCGCCCACUACCAAGGAGGAGGAACCAUGGAUGAGACAGUGUAAAUUUGUUUCCCUUUAUCUCGGACAUUGCUUUGACUUCAUGGCUCUCAUCUUGAGCUCUCAGCCCAUCUGCCAAAGAGACUCCUCCUUUGAGGCAUGCUGAAUCAAAGGAGGCAAAGGUUGAAGUAGCUCCUUCAUCAGCAUCUUCUCAAUAGCUUUGUAAAUACUACUUUUAUCUCUCACUGCAGAGUUUCCUUUGGGUGCUUUUCAACAUCAUAGCUAUCCUGGGGCAAUGCAAGCAACAUUUAUUUAACCAUUCUGAUCUUCAGUGUUAAUGAUAAUAUUAGCCCAGUGAUGUCGUAGAAGGGUCUUGGUAUGUUUUGGGGGAAAUCACUAGCAUGGCUGAUUUCUCCAGCAGCAAUAGAGCAGACCAGGCAGGAGAAAUAUGGUGAGACAACUGUUUGUCAAUUUGCACACAAUGGGAGAAAAAAGACGGGACGUUCCAGGAGCAAAGACAUUUCUAGGGUAUAGUGAAGUGCUAAAUGAUACUAUAUUCAUAUCAGGCUGAGCUCUGGGAUACGUGACAUCUGAAAACAUCUUCUGCUUGCUUUAUUUGCUAAUUUCAUACUGUAGUAUUUGUGGCAUAUCAUGAUGUGGAUGAGACAAGAAUCAGUUAACUUAGUUGGGUUUUCAGAGAUGUAGUGACAGCAAUCUUUUAAAAUAAUGCCAGCCAAGAUGUAGUGGGCAGCAAUAGAUAUCUACUUUACCAAACAUCUGCAUCUGAUGUACAGUAGAAAAAAGCCUUACCAUUUGGCAGGAUCAUAAAAGUGGUCAAGCUGGCCAAGGCAAGGUAAGUCAGCUCAGCUUAGGAAAGAUCACAAAACUCACCAAGUAUGGGCUUUCAGUCAGGCCUGGAGUAUUCUUUGCUGUACUCCUAAUGUUGAAGCAAUACAGACAGUUCCAACUGGACAGAAUUAUGCCUUGGCUGAACAUGGCAACAUGUUUAAGCAGAAGACAAUGUUCUCAGGCUGCAGGGCAGGAAUAAAAUGGGAGAAACUUUACUCAUGUGAUGGGGCUGCAGUGCAGUCAAAGAAGCCGUUUUCUUUGUCUCCUUUAUCCCUUACAGAGGGCUCUUCUUCUCUCCCUCUCAUAUUUAUGAUAUUAAAAUUUAGAGGCCUCACCAGUAAGGGCUUACAUGACUGUAGAGGCAGAACAGUGAGGAAAACCGAGGUCAGUUCUGCCUUUUCAUAAAGAAGCUUCGAUAAUGUAAGAGCAAUACAAUUACUUAAAUGAAUGCACCUGAACUAUUGACUAGAGAUUACAGAAUCAUUGGACUGGAAGAGACCUCUGAAAUGCCAACUGCUUGAAAAGAUCAGAUUGGUCCCUAGGCGUUGGGACCCAUGCGUAUCCUCUUUUACAGUGAAUAAUCAUAUCAAUGAAACAUACAUAGUAUAGCCCCAUGCAAUCCAACAGAACUAGUUUCAGGCUUUAACAAACCAUGGCUUCUUGUAACAAGAAUGAGCAAUGGCAAAUGCUCCCUUCCUCUUUGUGGAGAAAAACGUCUACUUUGGUAUGUAGCAAACUACAAUUAGCCCUCAUCAGCCUAAGAUCUUUCAUCAUGCUUUUAUCCCCUCCUGUUUAGGCUAAACAUUGGGUUACUAGACCAGUUUAAAUCAAAUAAAGAUGAGUUAAAUCAUGGUCAACUUAGAAACAACUGAUUUCAGUGAGUCUACUCUAUGUAUUACUAAGUCUGGUCCAACCAUCAUCUGCUGAUUCCAGACAAAAUAACAAACUGGGAUCUGCAGUUACCACCAGCGAAUCUAGACUUCACCAAAUGCAUAAAUCAUUUAAUUUACACAGAAGGGGUUAUUUGUAUCAAAUGUAAGGAUGUUUCACCUUCAUGCUUUCUACAUAUCACAUAUUACAAACCUACUGUGUAUUGGCUCCAUCUCACUUGGUAUUGCUUUUAGGCAUGUAGCAUGUUGGUGCAAUGAGUAGGAAUGAUAGAAGGGAAGGGACUAAAUCGACUGUAUUUUUUACCUGUGCUUGAAGAUUUAAGGAACACCAUAUGGACUUCAUGGUUCAGCUCAAAGAUGAAAAUUCCCGGCUUCUGGUGGGUUGAGGCAAGUUGUGAUCCUGUUUUUGUCACCAUGAGCAAAUGAGUACAAAGAUAUUGAGCAAUAUUUUCUUGUAGCAGAAAACUUGACGUUUCCAUUGUUGCAAUUCCUGUUCUGUUGACAAGGCACAAUUGCUAAAACUGCUUUUAGAUACAAAUUCACUUAUACUUGUAUGGGCAAAAAGCUGCAUCAGAAAUGCUACUUCUGCUGGGUAGUUUCCAAUCUCCCCGAAUUUAGCCACUCCAGCUAAUAUGAAGAAAUCAUAUGUAUCAUGCACUUUAGGGGGCUAAAUAUCCUAAAGGUAUCAGAUGCCAUCUGAUCUUGGAAGCUAUGCAGGAUCAGGCCUGGUUAGUACUUGGAUGGGGGACCACCAAGGAAUGCCAGUAGGCUAUAUUUCAGAGGUAGGAACUGGCUAAACCACCUCUGAGCCUUCCUUGCCUAAAAAAACCUAUGAAAUCCAUGAGGUCACUGUAUGUUGACAAACAAUUUGAUGGCACACACAUUUUUCCCUGAGUGCUCCAAGCAUUUUACACAUAGUCACCAAGAUCCUACUUCAUUUUAGCAUAGCAUGAAUAUACACCAGCCUAAUUAUGCCAGUUGUGCAAAUAAUUGUGGAAUGGGUGCCAAAGACUUCAGCUCAUCUGUUGCACAAAGGUUGACACCCACCAAAUCCAAAGAAAGGGGGCAUGUAGGUGCUUGCAGAAUGACCAGCUGCUCUAGGCAUCACACGCAACAACCUCAGAGAAAGCACAACUGCUGGUUAUUUUUUAUGAUAGUGUAUUGCCAAACAGUACUCAGGUCUCCAUCUCAGUAAUCCUGAGGGCAAGGGUAUGGGAUGUGUUAGCCACCCAGAUGUUUUUCACCUCCGGAUGUGUUGGUCUUAGCUGGCAUAGCCAAUAGUGAAGGAUCCCAGGAACUAAAAACAUAAGAGGACUGGUAGCUCAGCCCUGACUUAUACUAAUUUGGUAAGACAGGCCUAUGUUACAGUUUCCUACUAUGGCAAGAGAGGCCAAUUUGUAAGUGUAUGGUGACCUACUCUAUUAUUUAGGGAAAUAAUAUGCUACAUUAGAUAAAGUUGUUCAAAUUUGGGAGCAGCAUCUACAACUGCAUGUAGGAAAAACUAGGUUGUAGCCUUUGUUCCCAGGCCAAGCACUAUUUAUCAUCUCUCUACUCCGUGAAGUAAAUAUAUAACACUAUUCUCCACAGAUGAGGAUUUGAACCCCUACUUGGCCAUGGAAACUAUUGGGUGGCCUUAGGCAAGUCACCCUCACUCAGCUUCAGAGGAAGUAAAGGCAAGCUGUCCUCUGAACAAAUCUUGCCAAGAAAACCCCUUAGAGUUGCUUUAAGUCAGAAAUGACUUCAAGGCACACAAGAACAGCAACGAUCCUUAACAGUACGCAAGGGGAACCUAUGGCUUAGUAACAGUUGUACUAUAAUGCCCAUUAUCUAUGAGCACUGGGCAUUCUGGCUGGGCUUGAAAAUAGCUGGACUCCAACCAGAAUAUGGAAAACCACAGAACCCUUCUAGAAGGCUUCUUUCUGGGUGAGGCAUAUGUUAACCUUAAGAUUGUUGUAUUACUAUUCCCUAGCUAGUUUGUAUCUGCAUUCUAUACCUACAGUAAUAAAAUCUGAUGAUACCUUAACUUCCAAGAUGCAUGUUCUAGAAUUCAGAAGCCUCCUCUAUGGAACAGACAGGCCCCUUACUAUUUUCCUCUGUCUCCCUUUAAUUACUUCCAUCAUUUCCCCAAAAGGAUGCUUUCUUUUGCCUGUCUUCUCAUCAAGUAGUUCAUACAGUCUUUCUGACAGUCAGUGCCAUGUUCCCAGACUGGGUGCCUUAUGCAGACAUGCAGGAGAAAUCUUGUACAAUGUCUUCAUCUCCAAAGGCAACUUGUGUCUUGUCUGCAUUGCAUGGAAAAAGCAGAGGAGACUCAGAAAGAGACUGUAAAAUAAAAAUUAUAUUUAAAAAAUAAUAAUAAAAAGCAAAC